AAACUUCCUUUUUCAUGCUGAACCUUCUGACUUGCAAGCAGAUACUUUCUAUUAAUUGUUGGCUUCGAGAUGUUUGAGAAGCUUGAUGACCCGAUUAAAGUUGGCGUUCAGGUCUCCUUUCGAAUCUUUCCUCAGGACUAUCAACGUCCCUCGUCCUUUCAUUCCUGUGAAGUCAGGUCUCUUCAACAGACUUUGACUUCAGCAAGAUAUCCUGCUUUCACUCAUUCUGUACGGAAUAUAGAUCAUGUCUAACUUAGAAGUUCUUGCAUAUGACUCGCGAGCUUUUGCGCAUGCCGCUUACAAUGUAUGGGUUACUCGUAUCUGCCAGCUGUGCCCUUGCAUCAUUUUCUUAUAUGAUUACUUCCUCACGCUCGAUCGAGAGGUUGAGUUCAUAUGGAGACGGCCGAUGAGAUCGUCCAGCGUAUUAUAUAUCAUUGUGAGAUUUGGUGGCGGCGCACUCGUGUUUCUCACUGCUGCAGCGUUUACGAGCGAACGGACUUCUCUAGAGGUAUGUUUCUGUUCAGUCUUCCUGAGAAUUCAAGGGUGGCCCAGUUUCUGCGUCCUUUGGGCAGUUCAGCUCAUACUGCAGCUCCGAGUGUACGCUCUAUAUCGUCGAUCUCAAGCGGUCCUAAUUGCGAUGGCGGUCGGGUUUACGGCGGAGGUUAUAGCCAUGUCCAUAAUUUUAGGAAUAGGCAUGGCAGAGACUACCAAUUCAAAUGAGCCAAUGCCAGGCACCAGAAUCUGUGCCGUCACGCAAGCACCACCUGCGCUUGCGUACGUGUGGCUUCCCGAUAUUGUUUUCGGAGCAUUUCUGUUCGUGCUUGCCGCCAGGAUUGGUUUCAAGCGCGGCAGAUUUGGCUUUGAUAUCUUCCGCAUGGAGAGAAAAGACCUUGUUGAUGCUCUCGUAUAUGGCAACGUCAAAUACUUUUUCUGCAUACUCGCUGCGAACGCUGUAAAUGCGGGAAUCUGGCAAGGGUUAGGGUUUAACUGGUUCGAAGCUCCAGAGGGGUUUGCGGCUGUCAUUGAAAUCGUCCUUGGGUGUCGGAUGGUCCUCGACCUUAAAUCAGCGGUGUCUGAUUCUGAGGGCUUGCAUCUAUUGGACUCAUUCCCACUCAGAGACUCUUUUGGUGCUAGAGAGGGUCCGUCAACACUGUAUUCUGCAGUUAGCACGUAUGAUCUCGAGGUUUUGAAAGGUCAACAUCGGCUCACCCAAGAAAUUGAGGUAGCUUCUCCGACUAGUUGUACGUCUGGGGAAAGCUCUCGUGCUCUCAUCGAGGGACAAAACCAGACGUGUAACAGUCCGCUUCCUACCAUCGUCUAGUAUGCACUAUUUUUACCAAAGUUUAUCAUUCUCCCCGACUAUACCACAUUCAUUGUUCGGUGUUUUUGUAUGCAAUCAAGGUCUUAGUCAGACGGGUGUCCAAAGCGUUCCCUUGCAAAUUCAAGGGACAAAUGGGAGCGAAUUGACAAUGAGGA